AUGCCUGAAGUGGCGGCUGUGGCGAAGAGUGGUGCAUUCCACAAGGUGUCGAAGCAUUUGCUGACUAAAGUCACCAAGAAGUGGAGGAAAUCUUGCAAGCAGAGCUAUUCCACUUAUGUGUACAGGGUGCUGACCCAGGCCCACACUUCCACCAGGAUCUCAUCCAAGGUCAUGAGUGUUAUGAAUUCCUUCAUUGUCGACAUUUUCAAGCGCAUCGCCUCCAAAGCCUCACACCCCAUUCACUACAACGAGCGCCACACCAUCUCGGCCAGGGAGAACCAGAUCACCAUCCACCUCAUGCUGCCAGGGAACUGGCCAAACAUGUCAUCUCCAAAGGCACCAAAGUGGUCACCAAAUACACAAACUUUGUUUAGGUCAAGCAUUCUAAAGAUUAUAACAUCUCCAUGUAGUCCCCUUUAA